AUGGUGAGUCUAGCAGAACGGGUGGGGAGCUUGGAAGGGAGCCAUAAGCAAUUACGAAAACAAAUGGAAGAAAUGCAGGUUGAGUUAAAAAAGGACAUAGAGAAAAGAGUGGCAAACAUUUCAGGGCAACUCGCCUUCAUGAGAUCAAGGUGGGAGGAAGAUGGAAGAGGAAAAAAGGGCAAUGGGCAGGAAGGAACGAAGGAGUCAGGGUAUACUCUGCACUCUGAAGUUUCACUUGGGGUAGAGACGAGCAGUAGGGAAGUUGGAGGAGCAGCACCAUUAACAUGUUGUGGAAGGGAAUUUGCUAGUGGUGAACAGCAAUUUCUCGUAAGCCAGAGGCAAAUUGUUGUAGUGGAUUCUAAUAAAUAUUAUAAUCUACAAUACUCAGACAGAGAUAAGAGUAUCGAGCAAUUAUCCUCUUCAUGCAUCACAGAGCUUGAACUGUUUCACAAUACAAGGCAAAGUGAAGCAAACUUUCUGGCAAUGGAUACAGAUUCUAAUCAGCGGAAUCUUGUAAACUCAAGAGGCUUAUCUAUCCAUGAAUUAGAGCAAAGGAGUGGACUUGACCAUCAAGCAAAAUCUUCAGUUAGAUUUGAAGCAUGUGUAUCUCCCGUUAGUUAUGGUCUUUUUGGUGGUCAGCAGCGGAUGAGUCAUCACCAUCCAAGCAUGCUGCAAUCUUUGCAGCAUCAACAGUCUGGGUUCAACGACAUGCAGCAACUACAACAAGAAGUCAUGUUAAGGAAAAUGCAAGAGCUCCAAAUGCAGCAACAACUUCGGCAACUAGGUUCAAGGCAACAAAAUUUAUUAAAUCAGAAUUUCCCCUAUCCUAAGCAGGCAUCUGGCCACCACUCCUCCCCUUGGGUGGCUGAUAAUGGAAAUUCCAAUGGGUUGCAUCAUGGUUCUCCCACCAUGCAAGAGUCCCUUAAUGCUUCUCCACUAAACCUUGGCCAGGCACGGCGUUCAGGGGAUUUAGUCCCUCAACUGGCUGAUCAAUCUCUUUAUGGAGUUCCUAUUUCUGGUUCAAGGGGUUUAACUGUGAACCAGUAUUCUCAGAUGGCGAUGGAUAGACCUUCAAUGCUGCAGACAUCGGCCUUUAGCAAUUCCCUUCCAGGUAUUCAACUUGCAGAUCAAGUUAGCAUGCAUGAUGGGACAACAAUAUCUAGACACAGAUUUCAGAAUGAAAAUAUACUGGGAAAUGUUUCUUGUCAAGCUCUUAAUGCUGGGAUAAAUAUGGAGAGCGUCCAGCAAGUGAAUCUCAUUCAAAGAGAUGCACCUCAGCAGGGCUUCAGAGGGAGGCAGAAUCAAUCUAUUUCACAGGAGCUCUCACAUGAAAAACCGACAAGGCAAUACUCUUCGAGUCAGAAUGAAGUUGCCCUGGAUCCUACUGAAGAAAAGAUAUUGUUUGGUUCAGAUGAUAAUAUAUGGGCUGCCUUUGGCAAAAGUCCUAAUAUUAGUGGAGAGGUGGGUAGUUUGUUUGACAAUGGUGGGUUGCUCAAUGGGAUUCCUUCUAUUCAAAGUGGUAGUUGGAGUGCUCUCAUGCAAUCAGCUGUUGCAGAAACUUCUAGCAGUGAUAUAGGCCCACAAGAGGAGUGGAGUGGUCUGGUAAACAGCACUUCAGCAAAUCAACACCGUUUGCCGUAUAAUGUCAGUGGUAAACAAGAUGAAUCUUUGGCCGAUAACAAUAUGCAGAUGCCUUCAGCAUUCACUUCUGGUUCUGCUCCCCAUUCUGAUGACAGCCGUAUGAACAAUAACUACCAGAAUGCCAUGGGGUUUGAUCAAUUUGUACACGAGUUUCAAGGUAAACCUGGUCAAACAUUGCAGUCUGAGAUGUCUCAAAGACAUGUCCAGUCUUUGGAGGAAGCAAACCAGUGGUCAAAUUGUGGUCCACUGCAAAGGUCAGUUGCUGAAGGAAGUCAGCUAUAUAAAAAUGUCUCACCACAUUCUCUUGAUGCAGAGAAAAAUUCAAAGUGCACUUCUACACUAUGGAAUUCCGAGCAUAGUGGAAGAAAACAGACAACCAAUCGGACAGCCUUGGGUCCUGUAAAACAUUCCAUGGAAAAUGAAGGGGGCUUGGGUUUGAAUGAUGCUGGUUCCAUACCUAACUCAAGUGCCACUGGGGUUGAUGAGGAAAACAGUCAAUUUGUUCAGAAUGGUAAUUUACUCAAUCAAUGGAAGAAUACCAAUCCUUUGGUUAAAUCCCGAAGAGGUGAAAGCUUUGGGAGCAUGCUGCACAGCACAAAUGAAGGUGAUCAAGUUUCAGAUUCAACGCAUGGUAGUGACAGAGAGGAAGUUGCAACACAUGAGAUGGACAGUUCUGAUUUGAAGGGAAAUUCUAAUGAGAGUUUCCCUACCUUAUUACAGCACAUUCCUAGUGGUUUGAGGGACAGUGGGUUGUCUGAUGCUAGCGACUCAGAACCUUUGCCCACUGGCAAGCAAAAGUCGACUAAUCAGCUUGGUAGGAAAGCUUCUGGUCCUCGCAAGUUUCAGUAUCAUCCCAUGGGAAACUUGGAUGAGGAUGUGGAAUCUGCUCAUGGAAUGAAGCAGCGUACACAUGCACUGGCCAUGUCCCAGCAAAAUGUGCAUCUUGGUGGGUCGAAGUCUUUUAAUCAGGUCCCAAUGAAAUCUAUGCGACAAUCUCCUGAUCUUCAAAGAGACAACAAAGGCCUUGAAGGGGGGCCAUCCCAGGGAAGUCUUCCUGGUUAUACACCUAAUAUUUCUGUUCCUUUUAACAGAUCUGUUGAUUCAUGCACACCAAACAAGACUUCAUCAAGUCAAAACAUGCUGGAGCUUCUUCACAAGGUGGAUCAACCUGUCAAUCUUGGUCCCAUGAUGCACUUCAAUUCUUCUGAACAGAAUUCAUCAUCUAAGCUAUCUGAAACAGAAAAUUGUGAUAGUUCUGUUGACCGACUCCACCGCAAUAAUUCUUCUGCCUCUCAAGGUUUCAGAUUGCAGCUUGGUCCUCCAUCUCAACUGAUGCAGAUUUCAGAACAUUCACCUACUUCUCAAACUGCUCAACAUACAAAUGAUUCUCCACAUUCAAGUCAUGCUGCUGCAGAAAUUGGAGAGAAGGGCCUGCUAAAAGUCACGACAUCUUCAAUUCAAUCGGCGCCUUUUUCUAAUGAACAAUCCAAGACUCGGUUCAAAAAUGAGAAAUCUGGAAUUCCAUGCCAAUCUGAAAGUGGAUCCACUCUGUAUAAGAUACCUGGAAAUUUUUCUUCAACGUUAAAUUCUGGCUCUGGCCACUCAAUAAGUCCUUUUCAUCAUCAACAGAUGACCAGGGCAAGUGGACAAAUGUCAGCAAAUCAGCAUAUUAACUCGUCUUUUGAUAGAAGUGCUUCCCACUCCACCCAGGAAGGAUCUAAGGAAACUUUUUUGCUUGAUGCAUCUUGCAGUACUUCACAUGAUAAUCAUGUGUCUUCGGGGGGCACAUCUUGGCAAAACAGCACUAAUGAUCCACAGGCAAGAGGUUCAACUGAUACAAUGUCAGCUAGGGAUCAUGUGCCUCCUUCUCAACCAUUGGGCCCGCACGGUGCAUCUGCACAGAUGUUUAUGUGGACCAAUGUUCCUACACACCAACAAACUUUGCGUGCUCAGUUUCACAAGGUGUCGGCACAUUUUCCAGAGUCACCCCACCCAAAUAUUGUGGAAUCAAGUUCCUCUGUACCCCAUACUGUAGAUGAUCAUUAUGUGAAGAAAGGUGAGAAUCUCCCAUCCGAACAUAGUGGAAUUCCUAUGAACUCUGCAGUUGUUAGUGGGGAAGGGCUGAGGUUGAAGGAAAGCGCUGAAUGGCUAAUAACAUCUGUAAACACUGACCUAGUUCAAAAGAUGAAUGAAUCACAUGAAAAAGUAUCAUCUGUCAAGUAUCCAUUGGAUGAUUGUCCUGCUAAUUCUUCUUCAACACAAAAGGAUAUUGAAGUAUUUGGUCGGUUGUUGAAACCGAAUAGCUUCUCUCAUGAAAAUUACUCCUUACUAAAUCAAGUGCAGGCCAUGAAGGAUGCAGAGACUGAUCCAAACAUUAGGGUCUCAAAGAGAAUGAGAGGACCAGAUAGUGGUCCGGGUGUUCAACAAGUAGCUUUGGAAGGAGGGCAGGUAAAUGAACAUAGCAUUAUUAAUGGAGAUUCAUUAGGGUCUAAUGCUGCUGCAGUUUCGUCUGGGGAUUCUAGAAUGCAAAUAUUCUCCAGGUCAGCUGAUAUCUUGGAAAAGAAUGUCACUUCUCAACAUGGAAAUGUAGCUUCUCAGGACGUGCUUACAUUUGGUCGCAAUACUUUUCAGAGAAUUUCUCUUGGUCCACAGAUGGCACCAUCCUGGUUCGAUCACUAUGGAACUUCUGAAAAUGGACGAAUUUUGCCAAUGUACGAUGCAAGCACGGUCACCACUUUAAGAACAGUAGAACCACCUUUUACUCUUGGGAAAUCUUCCAGUAGUUUGCAUACAAGUAAUUCCAUGGGUGGUACAAGUCUUGUUGGUGGCGCCCAACAAAGUUCUAUUCCUUCAUCAGUAGCAACUGAACAUUUCUCUUCUCCUGAGUCAUUGCACAUGGUAAUAUUGGAAACCAAGAAGCGCAAGGAUGCUACUUCUGAACGUCAUCCUUGGCACAAGGAAGUAUCACAGGGUUUGCAAAAUCUUAAAACUAUCAGGAUGGCAGAAGUCAAUUGGUGUAAAGCAGCAAAUAGGCUAACUGAUAAGGUGGAAGAUAUUGACUUGAUUGAAGAUGGACUGCAAGUGCUUAGAUCAAAGAGAAGGCUUAUCUUGACGACACAACUUAUGCAGCAAUUGAUCUGCCCCCCACCAGUAGCAAUUCUCUCAUCUGAUGCUAGUUCAGAUUAUGAGAGCGUGCCUUACUCUGUGUCUAGGAUAGCAUUGGGAGAGGCUUGCAGUGCAGUUUCUCACUCAAGUGAUUCAGAUAUGCCUUGUGGUGGAGAAGACGUACUUUCUACUAAGGGCAAACAAUCAGAGAGAAUUAGCGGUUGUCUUUUUGGAAAAGCUAUCACAGAAUUUAUGGGAAGAGCAAUGAAGUUAGAAAACGAGUUCUUGAGACUAGACAAGAGUGCAUCAAUAUUGGACCUAAGAGUCGAAUGCCAAGAUCUGGAGAAGUUUUCUGUCAUAAAUCGUUUUGCUAAAUUCCAUGGUCGGGGGCAAAGUGAUAGUGCUGAGACAGCAUCAACCUCAGAUGUCUCGUCAAGUAUUCAUAAACCUUUCCUGCAGAGAUAUGUCACUGCUCUUCCAAUGCCUAGAAGUAUUCCUGACAGGGUACAAUGUCUAUCACUAUAA